UUAGUUGGUUGAUGAGUUUAUUGCUUUCUUAGAAUUGACAUUAUAGCCAUGCUCAAUUUUUUCUAUUAAGGUAUUCCGAAAUAGAUAUUUCAAAAACCUUGUCGCUAAUGGUGCAAAAGACUGUACUGAAGGUUGAUGUUUCUUGUGAUAAAUGCAAGAAGAAGAUCCUAAAAGCAGUUUCAGGACUGCCAGGUGUGGAAAAAAUUGAAAUUGAUGGAACAAAGGGGACUUUGAGUGUAACGGGUGAUGCUGAUCCAUACGAGGUCAUUGUGAGAUCGAGGAAAGCUGGGAAAUUUGCAGAGGUGGUGAGUAUUGGGCCUCCACCAGCUCCUCCAAAACCAGAUGGACAGAAAAUGCCCGAAGAGAAGAAGCCUGAGCAGAAGCCCAAACCCCAGGCCCAGAUGUAUGCUCCUCCCCCUCCAAUUAUGCCCCCAGUCUGUGCUGUCUGUCAGGGAAUAACACCAGUCGUUCAUGUGACGCGGAGGGAAGAACCCAACCCACAGUGCUCUAUUUUGUAGUAGCACUUAGUUGCACAAUUUUGAAAGAAAAAAGAAAAGUCCAGUAAUGUCGGCAAAUGAGUUAUAAGUACGAAUAACAUCUUCAUUUGAUA